AUGGCGGCGGCGCCGGCCGGAGUGGCGUCUGAAGGCCGCAAGCAGUUCCUGUCGACGCUAGCGCCGCUGGCGGCGUGCGUGUCUGCCGGAGCUGCUGACGCCGAGCUCUACGCACCCUCCGCCACCCACCAGCAGCCGGACCUGCACUCUCUGCAUGGGGUGUACAGAGGUCAGCCCGGGGACCGCAGCUCUGUGGCGAGCAGUUGCGCUACUGCCUACAGCCUGGGCGACAUCGACGAGGCACUUGACGGCACCCAACCACAGCCAGACCUGGUCGCCGGCACCACCACCACUGCCACCACCACUACAGAGGGGGGCGGCGUGCCAUCCCCGGGGGCAGUGGACGAGCUGGCGCUGUUCGUGCAGCAGGACGCCGGCCGCAUAGAGCGGCUGCGGCGGCGCUACGGCGGAGGCGGCCCCGGGGGCGGCGAGGACCGCGACGACGACUACGGCUUCCAGCGGCGGCCGUCCGUCCGAGGCAUCAAGCCGCGCUUCGGCUCCACUUCGGAGAUCGUGAGCCAGCCCGCGAUGCCGGUGCUGCGAGAGGAGGAACUGGCGUGCUGCUACCGCCCCCGUGGGGGCUCGCAGCUGCUGUACGCCAGCACGGGCGACCUCUACCAGGCGCUUCCGCCCCCGGCCGCCUCCGGCGCCGUGUUCACGCCGCCGAGCGGUUCGCCGCCGCUGACCGUGGCGCCCCACGGCCACGCCCACCCCCACCCCCACCCUCACGGCCGGAUGGUGGCGGACCCGCACCACGCCUACGCCGCCUACCACCAGCCGCACCACCACCACCACCAGCCGCACCACCACCACCACCACCCGCACGCGGUGCCGCCCCCGCACCCUCACCACGUGCUAGUGCAGCAGCCGGGCGCCAUCUUCCGCCCCCAUCGCGCGCCCGCCGGCGGUCCGCCUCCGGCACCGCCGCCCCCGCCGCUGGUGCAGAUGCGCCUGCUGUCGCCGGGUUCCGGUGCCGGCACACCGCCCCCGCAGCAGCCGCUGCUGCCCCCGGCCUACGACCAGCCGCCGCCCCCAGACUACUACGCCGCCCCCGGGCAGCAGCAGCAGCGGCUCGUCAGGACCGUCCGGCUGCCCUACUCGCCGCAGCUGCAGGGCGCGCAGCCGCUGGUGUUGCAGGUGCACCUGACGGCGGGCCGGGCCGGCGCGGGGGCGGUGGCAGGGGGGGCGGCGGGGGUGGGCCGCAGCGACUCCCCGCAGCUGCACGUGCAGAGGGCCAGCCCCACCGGCGCGCAGCUCGGCGUCGGCGUCGGGCUGGGGGUCGGCGUCGCGCCGCCGCCCUACAUGGUGGCCACCCGGGGCACGCAGACGCUGCCGCCUCCCAGGUUCACGCCCCCUCCACCGGUGCACACCACACCGGCUUCAGUGCCGAAUGUGCAGAAACCACCGAUGCCGCAGCAGCAGCAGCAGCAACAGCAAAGAGGAAACAACGUGGGCCAGAAGAGAGAACCAUGUACAACUGGACAGAAUGAAGUGUUGGUCUGA